AUGGCAGAACAAAAAUCACAAGAAACACAUUCAAUCACAUUGAAAACAUGUGAUGAUGUUCUAUUCGAAGUCGAAACUAACGUCGCAAAAGAGAUGAAAACUAUACAAUCAUUCAUGGAAGAAUCCCAAGACAUUGCAACAAUUCCUCUAGCCAAUGUAAUGAGUCAACAUCUUGCUAUGAUCAUUGAGUACUGCAAGAAACACGUCUCACAAGAAGAGACAGAAGAUGCAAAGGAAAAGUUUGACGAUGAAUUCGCAAAAGAAUUGAGCGGCGAAGACAUGAAAGAUCUCUUUCUUGCUGCAAAUUAUCUGAACAUAAAAAGCCUUAUUGAUUUGUUAGCUAGAAGCCUUGCGGAUUAUAUUAAGAACAAGAGUGUGGAAUUUGUGCGUGAAUUUUUCAAUGUUGAAAAUGAUUUUGAGCCUGAGGAAGAAGCUAGGCUCCGCGAGGAGAAUGCAUGGGCUUUUGAAAAUAUUGAUGAAAAUUAA